UCCACUCCACCCUUUCCCCUCACUCCACUUGGGUAUAAAUGCACCUUGCAUGUUCAGGUGUUCUCUCCAUAGCAGCUUCCGCCUUCUUCGAUCACGCAUCAUUCGGACAAGGAACUAUAAAGAGAAGAAAUAUGAGCUAUCCUCGUCAUACUAUGAGCUCUGCUGGUAGCAGAACUAGCCGGAGGACCUUCGAGUUCGGGAGGACAUAUGUGGUGAGGCCCAGAGGAAAACAUCAGGCAACGAUUGUUUGGCUCCACGGCCUUGGCGAUAAUGGGUUAAGCUGGUCUCAACUCUUUGAAUCGCUUCAUCUUCCAAAUGUCAAGUGGAUUUGCCCAACGGCUCCCACCCGCCCUGUGACAUUACUCGGUGGAUUUCCUUGCACUGCAUGGUUUGAUGUCGGAGAGCUAUCAGAUGAAGGCCCUGAUGACUGGGAGGGUCUAGAUGCUUCAGCAGCUCAUAUCGCCAACUUUUUGUCUGCUGAACCUGCAGAUGUUAAAGUUGGGAUUGGAGGAUUUAGCAUGGGAGCUGCAACAGCUCUUUAUUCAGCUGUUUGUUGGGCAAGCGGUCGAUAUGUGAACGGCAUCCCGUACCCGAUCAACCUUAGGGCUGUCAUGGGUCUGAGUGGUUGGCUUCCUGGUUCAAGAAGCUUGCGGAACAGAAUGGAAAGCUCGAACGAGGCCACAAGGCGAGCUGCUUCCUUGCCCCUCUUGCUUUCUCAUGGAACCUGUGAUGAUACAGUGCCCUAUAUCCACGGAGAGAAGUCUGCCCGCAACUUGAGUUCAGCGGGAUUCCGAUAUCUCACAUUCAAGUCCUACGACGGGCUCGGUCACUACACGGUUCCAAAAGAGAUGAGUGAUGUCUGCAGCUGGGUCACUGCCAGGCUUGGGCUCGAUGGUUCGCGUUCAUGAUUGAAACACAGGAAUUCUAAGUUUUAAGCAGAUGAUAGAGCUGAUGGGCUGUGAGAUGACAGAAUAGUGAAGUUGAAGGGACCAUAUUAGAGUUCAGAAGGAUAUGUACUACUGCAGUCUUAAGAGUCGACCUUCAACAGUCUCCUAUCUCGUGUUGUAAACGUCAAAUAAAAUCUUGGGUGUGUCUUAUUGUAGUCAGAAAUGGAUAUAUCAACUACACAUUAGCAAUAAUAAUAUGACUGUAGAUUUGGCCUCUCUUUAGUUAUUAUGCAAGAAAUCGGACCCGCAGCAAUAUUCUGUGCCUCUCAAACUAUAUCAACA